UGACCAAAGUUCUGCUGGGCUCACACCAGUGAACCAGGCUCUCCCAAAGACUGAGGACUCUGAGAUCUUAUACCUGGGCUUAAAGCAAAGAUGCGUGAAAUUGUCCACAUUCAGAUUGGCCAGUGUGGUAACCAGAUCGGAGCCAAGUUCUGGGAGGUGAUUGGUGAGGAACAUGGAAUUGACUCUGCCGGGAGCGACCAAGGGGCCUCGUCCCUGCAGCUGGAGAGAAUCAGUGUGUACUACAACGAAGCCUACGGUAAGAAAUACGUGCCCCGAGCAGUCUUGGUGGACCUGGAGCCUGGGACGAUGGACAGCAUUCGAUCUAGCAAAUUAGGAGCCCUCUUUCAACCCGACAGUUUCGUCCACGGGAACUCCGGGGCCGGCAACAACUGGGCGAAGGGCCACUACACGGAGGGCGCUGAGCUGCUGGAGCGCGCCCUGGAGGCCGUGAGGCGGGAGAGCGAGGGCUGCGACUGCCUGCAGGGCUUCCAGCUGGUGCACUCGCUGGGCGGCGGCACGGGCUCCGGCAUGGGCACGCUGCUCAUGAGCAAGAUCCGGGAGGAGUACCCGGACCGCAUGAUGAACGCCUUCAGCGUCAUGCCGUCCCCCAAGGUGUCGGACACGGUGGUGGAGCCCUACAACGCCGUGCUGUCCAUCCACCAGCUGAUCGAGAACGCCGACGCCUGCUUCUGCAUCGACAACGAGGCGCUCUACGACAUCUGCUUCCGCACCCUGAAGCUGACCACGCCCACCUACGGGGACCUCAACCACCUGGUGUCCCUGACCAUGAGCGGGGUCACCACCUCCCUGCGCUUCCCGGGCCAGCUCAACGCCGACCUGCGCAAGCUGGCGGUGAACAUGGUACCCUUCCCGCGCCUGCACUUCUUCAUGCCGGGCUUCGCGCCCCUCACGGCCCAGGGCAGCCAGCAGUACCGCGCGCUGUCGGUGGCCGAGCUCACGCAGCAGAUGUUCGACGCCCGCAACCUCAUGGCCGCCUGCGACCCGCGCCGCGGCCGCUACCUCACCGUGGCCUGCAUCUUCCGGGGCAAGAUGUCCACCAGGGAAGUGGACCAGCAGCUGCUCUCCGUGCAGACCCGGCACAGCAGCUGCUUCGUGGAGUGGAUCCCCAACAACGUCAAGGUGGCCGUGUGCGACAUCCCGCCCCGGGGGCUGAGCAUGGCCGCCACCUUCAUCGGCAACAACACCGCCAUCCAGGAGCUCUUCGGCAGGGUCUCGGGGCAGUUCUCGGCCAUGUUCAAAAGGAGAGCCUUCGUGCACUGGUACACCAGCGAAGGGAUGGACAUAAGCGAGUUUGGGGAAGCGGAAAGUAACAUCCACGACUUGGUCUCCGAGUACCAACAGUUCCAAGACGCCAGAGCAAUUCUGCAGGAGAACGAAGAGGUCGUGGGAGAGGCAGAAACGGAACCAGAAGUUGAGAAGCGCUGACCGCGGGCAGCCCGGUUCCCGUGGCACUUUCCCUGCACCGCCGCGCAGUGAAUAAUCCGCAUUCGUCCUUGGCCGUGACACCGGGCUGCGGGAGGGGGCGUGGGGGAAGCAGCCGCCUGGCGUCAGGGUCUUCUGCUGACGCUCACUAAC